GCGGUGGCUCGGGAUCUGGCGCAGCAGAGCGUCCGCCCCAUCCCUCUUUACCUUGCCACCUCUCCACCAUCUCUCUCCUGUCUGCCUAAGCCUAACCAAUUCUCACCGGCGUCUCCCUCUUUGUCGCCUACGGGAGCAGCACCCUAGGCGGACGACCAGCAUAAUCGACGCUGCCGCCGGUCUCACCAUCGACGACGCCGUUGAACGUCCCCAGCCUCUCCAUUGACGACGCCGAAGGCAGUCGCGAAUCAAGCAGGAGGCCUGUUUCGGCCAGGAGUUGGCUGAGUUCCUCGUCGGCUACUUCCAGGAUCCGGUCACCAACUUGUAGAGCUGGUUCAAGAUCUACGGCAAGUUUCUGUAGAGGGUUUCCUGCCAUCUUCGGUCCCUGCGCAGCUAUUCAGCGAGAGAGGAGGAUAAGGGAAGUAGAGUGUACCUUCCGGGCCUCUUAAGCAAUGGAGCAACACAAUGAUAGAUGGUGGGAUCCGCCGGUGCUCAUGAUGGAAACCAAGCAAUUUCGAAUUGGUGAUGGCAGAGAGUUCAGUUCUAUAGGGGAGGCAAUUGAAGCCGCGAAGCUUCUCAAAAUGGCAUCAGGGACUGUACCUCCAGCCAUGGUGAUGUCGCAUUCACCUCCAGUGCAGCCUCAAGUGCCACCAGCACUAAUGCAGGCUCAAGUGCCACCAGCACCAAUGCAGCCUCAAGCCCCAAUGACGGCCCCCUCAUCUCUGAUGCAGCCUUCGCUGAUGAUGAAUCCUCAGUUACCAAUGAUUCAACCUCAGUUUGGAAUCGUGCAACAUCCCUUUGUAUCAAUGCAGCCUGCCUUGGCAAUGAUGGGGUGUUCACCAACGCAGUUACAGAUGGAUGGGCGUUCUGGGUCAAACUGCGUACUUCAACCCAAUCCGAUACAACAUCACUCUCAGACACCCCAACAUCCACCAAGUACGUUGACAUGGAAUCUAGGUGGAAAGUUAGUGUUCGUUCGUGGAUCAUGGGAUAAUUGGUCUCGCAUGUACUAUGCAUCACCAUAUGAAGGUGGGCAUCGUUGUUCAUUAAGUAUCCAGCCUGGUGUGUACAUCUACCGAUUCGUAGUAGAUGGAAUAGAGCAACUCAACCCAUCACUACCAUACCACGAUGAUCAAAUGGGCAACAAGUUCAACAAGCUUAUUGUUCCGCAGAUGCAACAUCGCUCUCAGAUAUCCCAACAACCUUCAAGUACACCGGUGAUCCGCCCGCAAAUAGUGGCAUGUGGAGUUAAUGGACGAAAUGAGAAGCUGCUUGGAACGUCCUCCAGGAUUCUCCAUGGGGAAGCGUCUUCCAGCACUACUUCACCUCAGGAGCCACCAAAGGGUCUGAAAGAAGCAACAAUGACAUGGAACCUGGGUGGAAAUCAAGUGUUCGUUCGUGGAUCAUGGGAUGGUUGGGCGAACAUGCACUAUGCAUCACCAUAUGAAGGUGAACAUCGUUGUUCAUUAAGUAUGGAGCCUGGUGUAUACCUCUACAACUUUGUAGUAGAUGGAACGGAGCGAUAUAACCCAUCACUACCAUUCCAGCCUGACCAAGUCGGCAACAUAUUCAACUUGCUUAUUGUUGAGGAUAAACUACCUGAGUUCGUUAUCGAUGGGGCAGUAUCUUUGCCAAUUUUUCUGAAAGAUCCUAAAAAUGCCCCUGUAGAGGCAUUCAAUUUCAAAGCGUGCACUACGGCAGAAUUUGGUAGCAUUGAUCCAAGUGUUACCAUGUAUCCUGUAACAAGCACAGGAACGAUACUCUUGAACAGUUUUCUUGCUCAUGCUGUUAAAAACUUCCGCAAAGGGUUAUGUUGGAAAGGCGAAUUCAAGAAAGAAGAUAUGAUAGUUAUAGAUGGCGUUCUUUGUAGAAUAAAUAAAAACCCUGGAUAUUCUAUUUGUCUUUCGUACCUAAUUCUUGAUCUGGAUCAGAUCAUAAAGCAUCUUCUCUCUGAAUUCAAGAGUUUUCCAGAACCCCCUCCUUACAUUGCUCAUCUGGAGAAUGUUCUUAAGAAUCCACCUGCUGACUUCGAUUCAAAUCCAGAUUCAAGAGAAAGUUUCUUCAAGAAAAUGACAUCUAAUGCUGCACUUUCUACCGAUGCUGCUAGGAUGAUGGUGCUGAUUAACAUGGAUCAGUAUUUAGAUGGUAAUGGCUUGAAGGCAACAGUAAGGGAAAGGCCAAGUAUUGAUCCUGAUUUUGAUCCCGUGCUAGAUGAGUUGAAAUACCCACCUUCGCUGAAACCACCGGCUACCAAUCCCAACCAGGUAGAGCCUGAGUGGGUUGACAUUGCACACUCUGACACACUAUUUGAUGAUAUCUACUGGGAUGGAAAACCGAAGAUUGGGGAGCGGUAUACUGCAACCUGUCUUAACAUGAUAAAACAUCUCAGGCAUUUUUUUGUCCAUUCACCUGGAAAAACAAUGAGAAAUGGCGUUCAAGUCCUUGAAAGUUACAGAGAAUUAGAUCUCAUGAUCUCAUAUUAUUACAAGGAUAUAUUGGCAGAUCUUUUGGACUGUAUUAGGGAGCUAUGUGAGAAAGAUUCGUGUCAUCCUCUACUGAAAGCUUUGUGGGAGCUGUACUCCGAAACUGGGAAGUUAUUUGAACAAAAAUGAGAGGAGGCAUUCAUGAAUGUAUUGCGAUAGCUUCCGAUCCAACAGGCGCUUUAUGGUUGUUUCAGUGUUCACGAGCAGGAAUUCUUCGAAGAGAAGGUCAUUGUGAUACAUAGAAGAGAAGUUCAGAAAAAUGAGGGUGGAGGAUCCCUGGCUUGGCUACCAAGUGACAUAUCGUCCGAGGCUGCUGACCGGAAAUUCUUGUUGACUAACCAUGGGAUACAAUGCUGGAGCAUCUCACUCUUGCAUGACAACAAUGUAAAGAAAACAGCGUUUCAGGAAAUUGUUGGUAGUGAUGGGGAGCUGGGCAUACAAAAGGACAUAGCUGGUCAGAAGAACAUUUGGACAUGCAGAUAGAUGAGCAUGGGAAGGAGUUCAGCAUUCUUGUCGCUACCUUGUGCAAAGAUCGGGUUAGCGGGUCAAUCUACACUUAGUAUUAUCUUCUGACAAAUGCUUCAGGUGAUAAUCCCUAAAGCUCGAGUGGAGGAUGAAGAUUCUUUGUUCUCCAUGACGCUUAAAACUGGUGGUAAACCUUCUGACUCAGUGAUCAUCCUAUCAGGUGAUGGAACAGCAACGGUAGCCAUCUAUUGGAGAGGUUCUACCCGAGUGUCAAUUUGAUCUGCGUUGGGACGCUGGAAAGGUUUGUGCUGCUUCCAUCAUUGCAUCUGCUGAGGACAGAGAUGAAGGAGCUUGGGUUGUUCUGACAGAAAAGGCAGGAGUCUGGCAAUACCUGAAAAGGCUGUAUUAGUUGGCAGGGUUGAGCCUCCAGAGCGCAGCUUAUCAUGAAAAGGUAGCUGUAAUGAAGUGGUUGCUGAAGAGAAAAAGGAGAAGUCAGACAUUCAGCGGCAGUGUUGUUCCCAGAAGAUAUACCUCUGUGGCUUGGAGUUCUGGAGUUCUGUGGCAAGAAGCUUGGGUCCAAGUUGUUGGUAUUCCACCUCGGAUGUGUGCUUAGUCAGUGUUUGCUCAAGUGGCGUUAAUAUUUGGCCUGCUUUGUGGACGUGGAUUGGGCUGGUCUCUUCAAAAGCUUCUAUGCAAAUGUCCGUCUGCAGAUUGCUUGUAGAGACCCUUCGAAGAUUCGUAUGGAAAGAAUGGUAGUAAUAUGUAAGAAGAUGUACAUCUUGGAACUGUAAGUGGAAGGUUUUGUUCAGACAAUUACUGGGUAUGAAGACGAUGAUGAUCAAGACGAUGAUGAUGAUGAGGAGUUUGAUGGUCUUCGUGAAGAUCUUGAGGGUUCUGAUAGCCAGGCUAACCCACCUCCCCCUUCAAGCACCCCCAUGGAUACAUCCAAUACCCUUGGCCCUGGUACUACCGCUCGUUCUACCCUUUCUGGUCAUAGAACUGUUUACCUACUUGAAGACCCAGUUGAUGUGGAAGGGCAGAUUGACCUAGCACUGUUGCUUCUCAGCCUUUGGAUCUUGUUCUGAAUAAGGCCAUGUAUGAGGAUGAAUUCAAUUCCUAUCUUCAGUCUGAUAUGAGUGAACAGGUGGACAAUGUUGUGGUGAAUUCUGUCAUGGAUGCUGUCCCUGUGGCUACCAAUUACCCUAUUGCUGAUACGUCUGCUGUUGUGGUGAUUUCCCCCAUCCCUACUGAACCUAAAGUGGAUAUCUUCAUGUCUGAAAUGGAUUUCUCAAAAAUACUGGAUUUUUCAGCUGCUAACAGCUCGGUGCAGAAGAUGUACUGCUCAAGAUUGUUGGAUGCAAUGAACCAAGAUUCUGAUGAUGAUGUGGAGGCAGUCGAGUCCGCGCAAAUGAUUGGCCAGCUAAAGUCCGGAUUCUAAAACUUCAGGAAGAGAUUGUUCAACAUGGUCCAGACUAUGCACAGGACAAAUAAAAAGGCAAGCUGCUUCACCCAACAAAACUGAUCGAGAUGUGCAUGAAGAGAGAUCGAGAGCUUUCUCUCAAAGCUUUUGAAGUGUUUGCCUGGACAAGCUCCUCAUUCCGAAGCUCCAACAGAGGCCUUCUAGAGAACUGCUGGAUGAACGCAGCCAACCAGGAUGACUGGGUCCAGCUCUCACAGGCAUCCAUUUUGGAAGGCUGGAGUGAUGAAGUCAUCCAAGAGAGUUGCUUGAAGGAAUGGUCCUCUUCAACGCCUCCAGGCUGUGUUAUAGUCCCAGACCCGGUGGUGUUUGACGGUACAUUUGAGGAGGUGCUACCUGCGAGGAAAGAGGAUGUGUAUG